ACCUGACGUCAACCUCUCUCCUGACGUUCACAGGUGAUCUAACGGUUUUGAACCACCUAUCCGGAGCUGGUCUCUGGUUUUCUGGGUCCAGAUGUUUCACUGACUUGAAAUGUGAACGGCUCCUUCAUGUGGGUUCAGGUCCAGAACUCUGUAGACCUGUAGACCUGGUUCCUGCUGGUCUCAAAAACUGCACAUUAACAACAGGACUUGAUCCAGGACCAGGACUGAUCCCGAGCUCACAGGUGAACUUUACCUGCAGCAGUCAGACCCUCACGCAGUUUUUUUUCCCUGGGUGAGAGACAAAACCCAGGAAUCGGAGACUUUGAUUUUAACCUUUAACCUUUGACUGCAUUAAUGAAACUGUAUCAUGAAGUUAUUGAUGAUAGGUUGAUGUUUUAGUGACGUCACUUAAAUAACAUUUACCUUGUGAACGUGGUGAAUGUAUGACGUCAUCUGUUAAAAAAAAAACUACAGCCAAACUACCAAACUACAGCCAAUAGGAGCAGAGGGUGGGCGGGGCUUAGUGCUGGAAUGAAGCAGAGAGAAAAACCAGUUUCUGUCAGACCGGUUCAUCCCACCCCCCUUCCCCCAACACUACACACCUCCUCCUCCUCCUCCAGGUGAGUCACAUUAAACAAACUACAGGUAAAACACCUGCGGAAAUAAAAACAGAAAAAUGACUGAAAGAAAAUGAUUGAAACCAAAAAGAAAAACAAGUGAAAGAAAAAUAAAGACUGAGACAUGGGGGGGGGCGUCUGAGGAGAGAGAGGUCGAGCUCCAUAGAGAAUAAACAGAGAGAGAGAGAGAGAGAGGAGAGGGAGAGGGAGUGUCAUCAGGUAGAACAAGUUUGGGCGAGGCAGGUCAAGAGAGCUUCACUCAGUGAAAAGGAGAGAGAGAGAGAGAGUCAGUCUGUCUCAGUGAGGAGGAGAAAAACAGAGAGAGGAGAAAAACAGAGAGAGGAAAAACAGAGAGAGGAGAAAAACGAGAAAAACAGAGGGAGGAGAAAAACAGAGAGAGGAGGAGAAAGAAGUUUGUUUCUUCAGAGAAACAACAGAUUCACAGAGAAGAAGAAGAAGAAGAGGAAACACCUGCGGCCUGUGAACAGAGCUCUCUCGCCCCUGACUCCCUCGAGGCUUCUGAUUGGACGACUGUCUGUUUGGUCAGUUUUAGCCCCGCCCCCUUCCUUUGACGUGUCAUCAUGACAUCAAAGCUCAGUGUGAACCUGGACAACCCGUACAGUGAGGUCACCAUCCCCCGGGCUAAGCUCCACUCCUCCGAUAAUGUCGCCAUGGUGAUAGCCAAUCCAGUGGCUCUGAAUGGGAGCGAUGGGAACCCGUACAGCACUGCGAGCUCCGCCCCCCCACCGCCGUACAUGGUGAAGGAGGAUGGAGGUGGGGAUGAAGAGGGGGGGAGGUGCCGUGCCUGCUGCUACCGCUGCAGGAGGAGGAAGUGAUGUCACUGUGACAGGAUGUGAUGUCACAGCGACAGGACAUAAUGUCACAGCACCAGGAGGAUUGUGAUUGGUUCAGAUUUAUUUAUACUCCGGUCAAUGUUUCCAUCUCUCCUCUGAGGAGCCGUUGAAGGAAGGAAGGAAAGGAAACAAGGAAACAAUUGAGGAGGAGAAGAAGGAGGGAAGGAAGGAGGGAAGGGUCUUGAACUUGAGGAAGUUGUUUCCUCUGUGGCGGCCAUUUUGUGUCAGUUAAACUAACAAGUAAAAACUGUGUAAACUUAAACUAACGUUAAAAAACAAUCAAUCAGAGUCACUUCCUAAAAUAUUCAGCUGCUUCCUCACUGAGGAAGACCAUGAUGAAGACCAUGAUGAAGAUGAUGAAGAUCCAAUAUGAAAACAAUCAUUUACAUGUUUAUUUACUGAUAUCGGAGCAAAUAAGACACAAAAUGGCCGCCAUUCAUAUUAAAUUCUUUGUUUCACUGGUUUUUUAUUUUAUUGUUAACGAGACAUAAAACAUGAAUUCACUGAAAAACAACAUGAGACUCAGACCCGCUCCUGGUCCCAGUCUGUUUUUGUUUUUUUUAAGAAUAAAUCCCAGUUUCAUCUGGAAAAAAACAGAUUAUUACUGAUGUUUAUUGAUCAUUGAUUUUUCCCGUUCAGGAUGAAAUUAAAAACCUGUGAACUGCAAAUUAAUCUUAUUUUAUUUACUCUACCAACGAACAACUUGAUGUUUUUUCUAUAAAUUUGAAAUUUUCUGCAGUUUUUCCUUCGUCAGAGGAAAUGAUUAUGAUUUAGUUUUUUUCUGUCAGAAGUGUUGAAAUGUCCAUAAAGUAUUUAUAUUUUCUCAGAACAUGUUGAAAGAGUUUUUACAGAAUCAUUGUUUAUAUGUUCAAAGUUUUUCUGAUUCAUGAACCUGAAAUAAAAACAUGAAGGUAAAAGAAUUGAUCUGAGUCUUUGAUGGAAACUGACCUGGUUUUAAUGUCUGAACUCAAACACCUGAGAUAAAACGCCUGACGCCUGCAGACGUGACUCGGGGCUGACAACAACAACAUUCAUUUAUGUGAUAUUUUUAUUUGUAUACAGGCAACUCUCUCUCUCUCUCUCUCUCUCUCUCUCUCUCUCUCUCUCUCUCUCUGUUGUUGCCAUGGUGACCUCUCGCCACACUGAGCUGUAACCUGAUAGGUCGACUCCAACAGCCAAUAGAAACCUGAGAACAGCUCCACUUUCUAUUGGCUGAUCAGGUUACAGGUCAGAUUAUUGAUCAGUUCACCUGAAGUCAAGUUUCUCUGAUCAAAUACAAAUAAACUGUUUUAAAUAUUGGUUCUGUUAUUCUCAAUCUGAUUAUUGAUCAGUUAUUGAUAAGUUAUUGAUUUAACUUUAGUGUUUAUUUUAAAACUGAAUUUAAUGUUUUUUAUUUAUUUUAGAGGAAAAGCUUCACAUUUGUUGAUUUUUGUUUGUAGUAUUUGUAUAUUUGUAGUAUUUGUACUGCAGUUUUCUACAGACAUUGGAUUCAUAUGAAAGUGUUUCUUUUGCAGAUUCUAAUGAAUCAGUUUGAUGACUGAUUGAUUAUUGAUUGAUUGAACUGUUAAAUGAUAAAAUGAUUCAGACAGAGUGUUGGGCGAGAGAGGCUGAAUUAUUGAUGAAGGUAACUCUCUUUCUCUCUGAGGCAGACGAACGAACAGAGAAGAAGAGAGACAGAGAGAGAACGACAAGACGGAGAGAGAGGAAGCAAAAAAACAACAAAAAGACUGAGAGAAGAAAAAGAAAGAGAGAAGAGAGGAAUAAAAGAAGAAAACCAAAGGAGAACGAAGAGGAGAAGAGGAGGAAAAACAACAGAGGAUAAAACAGAAAGACGAGGAGUAAACAACAACAACAAACAGAGAGAAGGAAUAAACAAGAACAAAAAGAAAAUGUGAAGGAAAAGAAAGAAACAGGAAGAAGAAAAAAAUCUAGGUGAGUCUGUGUCGACCAAUCAGAGCACAGCAGGUGUGAUCAGCUGUUAUUAUUUUAUAAUUUACACAUUACCAUGGUAACUGUGUACUGUAAACACAUCUCUGAUCACACAGGAGAAAACUAAGCAGCUGAUCAAUACAAACUCCUGCAGCUAACAUUAGCUUAGCAUUACCUUCAGUGAACUCUGAAGUCUGAUCUAGACCAGGUGAGUCCUGAACGUAGACUGGUCCUGGUCCUGUUCUGGUCUGGUCUGCUCUGGACCUGGUCCUGGUCCUGGUCUGGUUUGGUCCUGGUCCUGGUCUGGUCCUGGUCCUGGUCAGUUACUUCUUUCUUUUCUUCUCAUCAGAACAAGAUGUCCGACCACAGAAACAAAGAAGAGGAGGAGGAGGAAGUGACCUGUCAGCCCCUCCCCCCUCCUCCCUCCUCUGUUGCCAUGGAGACGACGAUGUCACUGAGGAGGCAGGACCUGGUGUGUAUCGUGUGUUUCGGCAGCUAUGACCUGGGGACACGGUUGCCACGGCGACUGCACUGCGGCCACGCCUUCUGCCAGGCGUGUCUGAAGAGGCUGGACACGGUCAUCAACGAACAGGUGUGGAUCCCGUGUCCUCAGUGUCGACAGAACACGCCUCGGCCCAGAGGAGGAGCAGCAGGUCUGGACCUGGACCUGGCCUCCUUCCUGGGAGUGAAGGCCCAGCAGACCUGCACCUCCUCCUCCUCCUGGAGCUCCAGCCGCAAGGAGGGCACGGUGGCCAGAGAUACAGCCCCGGACGGGAAGCCAUGGCUGGGGAAGGAGGUUGCAGACGAUGGCUGGUCGCACGGAGGCCUGGCCGAGCCACGUUUCCACCGCUAUGCCAACUGCUGCCCACCGCCGUCCUAUUGGCUGUGCUGCUGGUUCUGCUGCUGGGGGCAGGGCUAAGACUGACCAGUGAGUGUGUUGCUUUAGCUCUCUGUUCAUGUGAUUUUAACUGAUGUAAAAACAUCACAGGAUUUAAAUCUAAUAAACUCGUCACUGAAGUUAACAAAGCUUUUAUGACUUAAAAACAAAAAGGGCACGUACCAUGUGGGCCCUAGUGGUCCGAGGAGGUGGACCCCUGGUUCGACUCCCGAUCCAGCUGGACCUUCACUGCAUGUCCCUGUUUCCUGUCUCUCUCACUGUCCAAUCAAUAAGGCGAAAAAGCCCAAAAAAAUACUUUAAAAAAAACUCAGCAGAAUUUUUAAUACAAAAAUUAUAUAGAUAAUAUAUAGUCAUAUAUUUAAUAUAUUACAUAAACAUUGCAUAUUUAUUAAUUAUAAGUCAUAUAUUUAAUACUAAAGCAACAUGAAUCUGACUAUGAAUGAAUCGAACCCAAACCCCGUGAGUUUUAAAUAAAACAUCAUAAAGGAGAAAUUCAACAAUAAAAACAUAAACUGAUCCAGAAACUAAACCACAGAAUAAAAACUCCUCUGCUGCUUCUCACCUGGUCAAAGUAAACUCUGAUGGAUCCGACGUUUGUGGCUCCAACUGCCGUUAACGAGAAGAAGCCGUGCUGCCAUUGGCCGGUUAGAACCACACGCUCGUUAAGACAGAAGAGCUAAAU